AUUCAUAAAAUCAUCAUACAAAAAAAUAUUUUAUUAGUUACACUAUACUGGGUAAGAUGGAAUACUGCUCAUCAUGGUUGAUGGUUUUCCUUUGCCUUGUACUACUUCUUUCUCAAUCUUUGAGCCUUUCAUCUAUUCCUUCAUCUUCUAUGUUGUGUCAUCCUGCUGAGAGCUUUGCUUUGCUCCAAUUCAACAACUCCUUUUCCAUCAAUCCAAAGUUCUUCGAAGAUGUCCUCGAUGAUAUUAUGCAUCCAAAGACGGUCUUUUGGAAGAAUGGUACGGACUGUUGUUCAUGGGAUGGAGUGUUGUGUGAUAGUAUUUCAAGUCAUGUAAUUGCCCUUAACUUGAGUACUAGCUGUCUUCAAGGUCCUCUUCACUCCAACAACACUCUUUUCUCACUCAGCCAUCUCCAAACUUUAAUCCUUGACAACAAUGAUUUCUAUGGCUCUCAAAUUCCUCCUGAAUUUGGAAAUUUUGCCAACUUGAAAAAGCUUAGCCUCGAUAAUGCAAAUUUUUCGGGUUGUGUCCCCAUCGAAAUAUCUCACCUAUCUAAAUUGUCUUAUCUUUCUUUUUCUUCCAGCUCAAUUACUCGGCAGAAAUAUGUUUAUUUAGAGACUUUUGUCUUAAAAAGAAUGCUUCAAAACUUUACGAAAAUUAAACAUCUUUCCCUGAGUGAUGUCGCCAUGUCUGAUGUCGAACUAGUUACUUCCUUUGUGAAUGUAUCUUAUUCUUUGAUGCUUCUUGAUCUCUAUCAAUGUGGAUUGCAAGGAAGAUUCCCAGAAAAUGUCUUUCGCUUACCGCAUCUCCAUCACCUUGAUUUAGGGUACAAUUAUGAUCUGACAGGUUCUCUACCCACAUUUAAUUGGAGAAGUCCACUCAGGUACUUAGAUCUUUCUCAGUCUAGAAUCUUUAUAGAUUUAUCGUACUUGUGUACAAGUUCCAUGUCUUUGGAGAAACUUUAUCUCCAAAAUUGCAGUUUUAAAGUAUCAUCAUAUCCUAAAAUGUGGACUAACCUCACUCAAUUAGAAAACCUCACUGAUUUAAGCUUGAGUGACAAUAACUUUGGCAGUCAAAUUCGACAGAGUUUUCCAAAUCUACAGCAUCUCAAUUAUUUGGAUCUUUCUGGCAAUAAUUUUGUUGGCAAUAUUUCUGAAAUUUCGAAAACAAAUUCCACCCAAAUUUUACUCAGGAAAUUAGAUACCCUCUUUUUGAGUAAUAACUUGCUCACUGGAUCAAUACCUUCUUGGAUCUAUUCUCUUCCAUUUUUGUUCUAUUUACGCUUGGACGGUAACAACUUAACAGGCCCAAUAAAAGAAUUCCAAUCAAAAUCUCUUGAACAUCUUUAUUUGGGUUCCAAUAAAUUGAGUGGCCGAAUUCCAAGCUCAUUAUUUCAACAUGAGAAUAUUGCAAGUCUAGAUAUCUCAUCUAAUAAUUUGGAUGGUAUUCUAGAGUUAAACACAUUUUCAAUGUUGAAAAAUUUAGAGGAGCUCGACCUUUCUUUUAACAAUUUCACUGUGAGCUCAAAUAAAUAUGUCAAUGAUAGUUCUUUUCCACAACUUCACUCUUUGAGUUUGGCUUCAUGCAAUAUUAGUGCCUUUCCAUACUUUUUAAAAAGUAUGAAAAGUCUAAAGAACCUACAACUUUCCCACAAUCAAAUCCAUGGCAGGAUUCCUGAAUGGUUAUGGAAUCAGACAAGUUCAUUAAAUUACAUGAACAUUUCUCACAAUUCUUUGACACAUGUAGAGCGAAUUUCACUAAAAAGCUUAACCUAUUUAGAUCUUCGCUCUAACAUGAUUCAAGGGGAUCUUCCAAUUGUCCCCAUUUCCUUGAGGUUUUUUUUUAUCUCAAACAAUCAACUAUCUGGAGAGAUACCCUCAGCAUAUUGCAAUUUGAGGGAGUUGAUAAUCCUUGAUUUCUCUAGUAAUAAUAUUCAUGGAAAAAUUCCUCCAUGCAUUGGAAAUAACUUCACUCUUGUAUUGGAUCUGCAUAUGAAUAAUUUAAGUGGAGAAAUCCCUCAUGAGUUCGGAAACUUAAUUCAUAUGAGGAGUUUACACCUUAGUGAAAAUCAACUAGAAGGACCCCUACCACAGUCAUUGCGCAAUUGCACAAAUUUGACAGUUUUAGAUGUGGGUAACAACAAGAUAAAUGAUAUCUUCCCUCACUGGUUGGAAGAGCUUCCAUCACUUCAGGUUCUUGUUUUGAAAUCCAAUAAAUUUCAUGGUUCCAUAGGAGUGCCUAAGGUUAAAUCUCCAUUUCACAAGUUGCAAAUCUUAGAUCUCUCUAAUAAUGAAUUCGGCGGCCUUCUACCAACAAAGCAUUUUGAAGGUUUCAUGGCAAUGAUGGAUGGACAUACAAGGAGUAACUUGACACACAUAGGAAGUUACUAUUACCAAGAUUCUGUGAUUGUUGAUAUGAAAGGUUUUGAGCGUUUACUGGAAAAAAUCAUAAGUAUUUUCAUAACAAUCGAUUUCUCAAGAAAUAACUUUGAAGGGGAGAUUCCAAAAUCGAUUGGGAUGUUAAAAUCACUUAAAGGGCUCAAUUUUUCUCAAAAUAAAUUAAAUGGUUCUAUUCCAUUGUCGCUGAUAAAUUUAAGUAAUCUUGAAUGGUUUGAUCUUUCUUCAAAUGAGCUAGUAGGAGAGAUUCCCGACAAAAUGACAGAUUUGACACAACUUUCUUACUUAAACCUUUCGCAUAACAAUUUAGUGGGAUCAAUACCUCGUGGAAACCAAUUUGAUACAUUCAACAAUGAUUCAUAUAGUGGAAACAAUGAAUUAUGUGGGCCUCCAUUAUCUAAAUUAUGCAACAAUGACAAGGCAAAACAAAGUGAGGAUGAUCAUGGUGAACAUGCAAAUCAUGGAAUAUUUGACUGGAAGAUUGUGAUGAUGGGAUAUGGAUGUGGAAUGAUAAUCGGAAUAUCUAUUGGAUAUAUAGUGCUUUUUACUACAAGGUCUCACUUUUGGAUUAAGAAAAUGGUUGGAGAUGAAAUAAGAGGAAGACAUGGAAGACGUCAUAAAACAGAUGCUCACCUCAGAAGGAGCUAGAAUAACAAACUCCCUUGAUCAUGAUCUUGGAAAAUCGGAAGUUAUGAAAGGUGGAAUCGUGUUGGUUGAAGUUCGCUUAAGUCACAAAUAUCGUUUAUUUGGCUAAACAACGGCAUGGGGUCUCAUCUUAUUUCAAUUGUUUUUUUUUAAGUCUUUUUCCCUUAUAUUAAAUACCUUUUUCCAUUUUAUAAUCCAAUUGUAUUUGAAACGCUAUGUUUAAUAUUAAGGUUUCGAGUUGUUUAUUAACUAAUCAAAUUAUCAUGCA